AGCAGCUGGCCGGCUGGCUGGCGAGCGAGAGGGCGAGCGCCUCCGCUGCGGUUGCGGGAGGAGCGGCGGGAAGGCGGCUGGACUCUCCGCCAUGCAGCCUGGCCGGCGGCAGAGGUGACGGCCGCGUCCGCCCGCCCUGCACGAGGGGCCGCCGCCGCGCUGGUUGCGAGGGUCGCCGGCGCCGUCCCUGGUAGAUGGAUACUGACAUGGACUACGAAAGACCAAAUGUUGAAACCAUCAAGUGUGUUGUCGUUGGGGAUAAUGCGGUGGGGAAGACUCGCUUGAUCUGCGCAAGAGCCUGUAACACCACCCUGAGCCAGUACCAGCUGCUCGCCACGCAUGUCCCAACUGUGUGGGCAAUCGAUCAGUAUCGGGUCUGCCAAGAGGUUCUUGAACGGUCCCGCGAUGUGGUUGACGAAGUAAGCGUUUCUCUUAGACUCUGGGACACGUUUGGAGAUCACCACAAAGACCGGCGUUUUGCUUAUGGAAGAUCCGACGUCGUGGUCUUGUGCUUCUCCAUCGCUAACCCUAACUCCCUGAGCCAUGUGAGGACGAUGUGGUAUCAAGAAAUCAAGCACUUCUGUCCUCGCACCCCUGUGAUUCUGGUGGGCUGCCAACUGGAUCUUCGCUAUGCUGAUCUGGAAGCUGUCAACCGAGCCAGGAGGCCGUUGGCGAGGCCUAUCAAGAGAGGAGACAUCCUGCCUCCAGAAAGAGGCAGAGAAGUUGCUAAAGAGCUUGGAAUACCAUAUUACGAAACCAGCGUCUUUGACCAGUUUGGCAUCAAGGAUGUGUUUGACAACGCAAUUAGAGCCGCCUUGAUCUCCAGGAGACAUUUACAGUUCUGGAAAUCACACCUGAAGAAAGUCCAGAAACCUUUACUUCAAGCUCCGUUUCUACCUCCAAAGGCACCUCCUCCUGUGAUAAAGAUCCCAGAGUGUCCCGUCACCAAGAUCAAUGACGUGGGAUACUUACUGGACAAUCCACUGUGUGCAGACAUGGUGUUUAUUCUUCAGGAACAGACUCAGAUUUUUGCUCACAAGAUCUACUUAGCUACCUCUUCUUCCAAGUUUUAUGAUCUUUUCUUCUUGGAAUGUGAAGAAACACCAGACUUGACUGAGACCUUUUGUAGUAAAGGUAGAAAUUUCCCAACCAGAACCUGUAGCCUUGAAGCAGAUGACAAGGGGGAGGACGGGGCAGCCGCACCGUCUUCUCCUUCGACUGAUAGCCACCAUCCUGGUCUCUCAGAGCCUGAAGCAGGAGAAGCCACCUGCCUGAAACAGGGGCCAACGCUCUGGGGCAAAGGUUUCGUUAGCCUACAUCAAGAGAUGCACGUUAACCCGGUUUCGAAGAGGGUGUGUGCUGUGACGGUUGUCAAGAUGGAGGCAUCCAUCCAGCCUGGCCCUUUUAAAACGGUCUUGCGGUUUUUAUACACCGGGCAGCUGGAUGACAGUGAAAAGGAUCUCACCAGGGUAGCUCAGAUUGCUGAGAUACUGGAAGUGUUUGACUUGCGGAUGAUGGUAGAAAACAUUACCAAUAAAGAAGCCUUCAUGAACCAGGAAAUUACAAAGGCUUUCCAUGUCCGGAAAGCCAACAGGAUAAAAGAAUGCCUUUGCAAGGAGACAUUUUCUGAUGUGACAUUUGUGUUGGAAGAUGGGAAGAUAAAUGCUCAUAAACCACUACUAAUCUGUAGCUGUGAGUGGAUGUCUGCAAUGUUUGGAGGAUCAUUUGUGGAAAGCUCAAACAGCGAGGUUGUUCUUCCCAGCAUAAGUAAGACUUCCAUGCAAGCGGUCCUGGAUUAUCUGUACACCAAGCAACUCUCCUCCAGCCAGCAGUUGGACCCCCUUGAAUUAAUUGCCCUGGCAAACCGGUUCUGCCUGCCCCACUUGGCCGCGCUGGCAGAGCAACACACGGUUCAGAUGCUCACCAGAAUGGCCACCAGUGGCGCCAGCAUAGAUGGAGAAGUGUUGUACGUUUUGGAAAUAGCCCAGAACAAGUCACCGGGAGCUUCAACCAGGCAACGUGUGUGGUGGAGAUGGCUCAACCCCUCGACGUUGUCUCUUGCCUUGACUCCAGAAUUGUUCCAUGUGCUUCUUUUCCAGUUCCACAAUGCCAAGCAGCUGGCAGCCUGGUGCUUGCACUACAUCUGCACAAACUAUAAUAGUGUUUGCUCACAGUUCCGAAAGGAAAUUAAAAUGAAAUCUUCUGAUAAUCAGGAAUAUUUUGAGAAACACCGUUGGCCUCCCAUUUGGUACCUUAAGGAAGAAGACCAUUUCCAGCGGCUUAAGAAGGAAAGAGAGAAGGAAGAAGUUGCCCUAAAUAAACAUCAUUCAAAGAGGAAGUGGUGCUUCUGGAGUUCCUCCACUGUGGUUGCUUGACGAAAGAAAAGGCCCGCGUAUCUUGGCCACCCCUGGGAAAAAGUUGGUUUCUAGCAACCCGGAGUUGGUGGGACUUGUGAAGACUUUUCUCUGGGUCGUCCCCGUUCAUUUCAGUGGCCCUUCCACCAGGCCCAGUGGUCAGCAGAAGAGACCUGGAGCCACAGCUUGUAUUCCACCUGCAUUCAGGGAUCACCAAGGACCAGGAAGCACAAGGUCACCCUCAGGAGUGCAAAACUGUUCCUUAGACAGCAACUGUGCAAUUUUAAUAAGCUAAAAUUGGUACCCCUUUUCCCCUCUAAUACUAAAUAACAAGAAAAUCAGCAUCAACGUUUUGACCUCCGAAAACCUAUUUUUAUACUUGUGAAUGAGUGUGCUUGGGGGGGGUGUCUGUAGAUGAGGUCUUUAAAUAUUAUUUCUGUGUCAUUUUCUCUCUCAGAUUGCAAAAUGAUCUAAGUCUUUAAUUUUAAUCAUCUGUGUUUCUUUUCACCACCACCAUCAGUCACCAUAGUAUUGAAAAUAAAACAAUGGCUUUAACAAUCCCCUGAAAUUGCUAGCCUAGCAACAAAUCAAAUUUUGCUAGGUGAAUUAUGUUUUUCUUUUCCCCAAGGACUGCAUUCGUAACAAUUAAAUCCUUGUUUCUUCUGUCUGAAGAAAUGGGAUGUAACAAGAUCCAUCAACAGCAGAAGUCAUUAGGAUUGUAAUUGGUUGAUCAGCCAAAGAAUAUGAAGUGUACAAUAUUUUUCAGCUGUGUGAUCAAAUAUAGAUGUUGAAUAUUUGCCAUGUUAGGGCAGAAGGCAGCUGCCCUGUGCAACACCCUCCUUUUUAUCUAGUUCAGGAGUGAACAUAAUGAGAAGAUCUUUGCUUGUGUCUUCUUUUUCUGUCUCAAAUCCAAAGGCAGUAACGCUUUUUGUUAGUUUGGAUGGUUUUUUCAGAAUUUUCUAUGGCUUUUCUUUGAAGAAACUUCCACAUAGUAUUUUUUGCUUCCUUAUAAAGAUUCACAUGUUAAAGGCUCCUUAAAUAAACUGAUCUCUUCCAUUUUUAUUAUUCUACAAAGCAAUGAACAAUCAUCUACUUGCAUUUUAACAGCGUCAUUCUGGUCUAAAUAAUCCUAUGUCUGAAAUGACAGUUUCCCAACUCAGCUGUCUUAAGUAUCUUGUCGCUUUCUAAAAGUGCUGGGAAAUCUAGCCUAUAAAACCCCCAACAUUUUGGCGGAUACCCUUUGCCUACAAGGUAUGCAUAGACAUCAGAUUUCCAGCAUUUUGAGAUCUUGUAUUAAUGCCGUUUUUAAGAAUAUUUUAGGGGCAAAUGGGCUACCUCCUGGGACAGAAGUGGGGGGGGCUGGGGUGGGAAGAGCUGAGGCCGCAUCCCCUUCAGGCAGGGGUGACCCUGGGCUGCUCCCUCCCUGCCAGACAAGGGAAUUGAGGGGAGAUGACGCAGCACUCCUGUCUGUAUUCUCUCAAUCCCUUGGAGGGACAUAAAUGCAAUAAAAGUCCUUUUUCUAAAGCUUGCUCCAUCUGCCAUCAUAAUAUUUGCAGGUAAAGCAGGUGAAUAAAUAAUUCACAGUCGGUGAUCUGGGUUUCUCGACCUUUGGGCCAUUUUGGGCAGGCGUUCCUCAGGAGGAAGGAGUCUCUCUCUCGGCCCCAGCUGUCAGGAGAGGCUGCCUGGGGGACGCCACCCAACUUUCCAGGGUCCAAAGUGGAGGCCACAGACGCUCUGCUUCAGGCAGCAGAAGAGGUUCUGAUGCUGCAGGGGUAUCUGUGUGGGAUACAUUGAAUAAUCAAUAUUUUCAAAAAAUCAUUGUACUGUUUGUUACAAAGGGCUGCGAAGGGAAAGGCUCUUUGCACAUACCUACAGUAUAAUUUUUGGUCAACAAUUGCAAGAGGAAAGGCAGGAUAAGCAGAGGAAAUAUUAUUGUGGCUCAGAUUUCAUUCCUUUGGCUCAAGAACCAUAGGGAUCGAGUUUUAAAGCAAAGGGGUGUUUGUUUAUAUGGAGUAGAGCCUAAGGUUUAUGGCAUCCUUCCUGAGUCCAGUUUAGCAAAAUACAAAAAAACCACCUCUGGACAGGGGAGCUAAGGGGCUCAGUCCCUCACCUGUCCCCUUGAAUCCGUGCCCAAUUCAGACAUGAGGAAGAGUGUUGGAAUAAAUGGGCAGCCCCUUGUAAAAUGUUCACACCUGUUGUUUUGUAUAAGCAUCACUAAUGCAUCUGGCAAAGUCCAGGGUCCUCUUGACGCAUGGGAUGUAUAAAUGAACCAGGGUGUUUGCAGUGACAACAGCUGAAAUACUUAACAGCUUCCGUAACCAAGUGGCUGGUUCAUUUGGUUUAAUUCUGCCUGUGGCCUUCAAGCUUGGUGGGAAAUUUAUUUUUGUUUCUAGUUUGGGAAAAGCAACUCAAUAAAAUGGUUUAGCUAUAAAACCUUUCCUAA